CAUGUUGGUGACCGUUUUAUAAGCUAGUCAUCUUUGCAUUAGGCGUAAUUUAGUUGGAUACACCCAACAGAUAUCGCCGUUUUCAAGUACCUUUAUCGAAAUUGCACAGGCGGUAUGAUGGUGUUUAGCUGAAACUUUGAUAUCUCUCAGGUUUUGAGAGCACUUUCGACUGAGUGAACCAAUCCAGCAAGUGAAGUGCACGCACUGUCUGCUUUGAAGUGUAUUUCGAUGUAGCUUUGGGGACUUGCUUGCAUUUUGCAUAAAGUAUCCACGAAUUAACAUUGCUACUGGUCGUUACAACGAAACCAUGGAGGUCUGAACAUCUGCUCACUAGGUUUCAGACUCGGUCUGCUCAAAACGACUGGGUGAACUGCACUGUGUCUGAGCUAUUCCGACGAGUCGCAACUCUUAAACGGAUAAACAACGCCGUAUCAACACGAUCCAUAUUUGCCGUGGUACGUAUUUGUGUUUCGGAUAAAGUUCUUUCAACGAUAGUUAGAAGUGACAAUGGCGGGGAGAUGACAUACUGAUGUUGACAGAGACUGAAAGUGUUUUAGUCUUAUGUAACAUGAAAACAUGCAGCGUACGGAGGGGAUGAAUGCAAACAUGUACUGAGUUCGAGCGAUGUCUUAGCUUGUUUGCUUCGUAACUCUGAUAUUCUGCGUGGAACUACAGAGUGCUGUAGGAGUGUGAACAAUUGACGUCGGCAAAGCUUGCUGGCGCACUGGAUGAUUAAUUCAAUACAUGCAGAAACGGUGAUCAAUUCUACCAGACAGCAAUAGCACAUUGAUGAAAGAAACAUGCAUGCAAUAAUGGACAUAAUUUGAACGUCUACUACUGCACCGACUCAUUAAACCACAAUGGUCUACGCCAAUUAAAGGUCAAUCGGUGCGGUUGCCGGCGUUUGAACGCUGAUUAUCGAACCAAGCGAGCAAGUCUGAGAACAAGGCGGGGGAAUCACGUACUCGGCACGGUGCAACUUUCUCCCUUAACGCUGGGCGACAAUUUUGGUGUCAUUCUUUGGACCAAUAUUCAUGUGAAGUCAGCUACGACACUCCGAGAUGGAUUUUUAAUUUAUUAGCGGAAUGGGUCCUUGAGAGGCAAGCUGCUUGAUCGUGAAGACGUGCAUCAGAAGCGAGACAUGAGACUUGCAAUUAAUAAACGGCACUCAAGACAUUAAUGCCAACGGCGAAGCAGCAGACAAUUUAAUCAGAACAGGGAAUACAGUGCUUACACAGAUCAUGAUUGAAGGACAACAUUAUACCCGAUCCAUUUGCAAGCCAAAAUAAAUUGUGACGUCAAGCUAGCAGAAUAUUGCGGUGUGUACGACUUAUGAACUGGACGUAUAACGCAGAAACUGCUUGUUUUCUGUUGCCAAAUUCGCCACACGCUUACACGAGGUACGACCAUUUGAGUGAGAUUGCUGCUCACUUUUACGGACUACUCCAAGCAUAAACUUUGACUUUGUUAUAUGAGUGAAGCUACCUCUGUUAUAAGGUACGUCAUUUAUGCUGAGAGAGCUAUAGUUUGUGACUGAAGUUAUAGAAAUUUCCAUUGUAUAUCAUCGGCUGAGUUUAUUGAAAAGCACUUGUUUAAGCAUUAAGGACUACAACUUGGUAAAAGAUGAACUGCACUUAUAUUAUUUGAACAUUGCAGAAAACUUGGUAACGAUCAAUACUAAAACAACUGAAAACCAUCGGACAGAAACAUGGCUAGCACGGAUGUCAGUACCACGGAAACGUUGGUCACCGAAACUAUCCCAACUGCGAAUUAUUCCAAUAGUACAGUGCAGAGUGACGUCACGCUUUCGACAGGAUGGGAAAUACUUCUACAACUUCUGUACGGACUUAUUGGCGGAUCGGGAAUUCUGGGUAAUGGACUGGUAUGUUUCGUGUUCAUUACCAAGCGUAAAUCUUUCAGCUCGAUAACCAAUCUCCUGAUUCUGAACCAAUCUUUGAUUGAUUUGGGAGACUCUAUACUAUUCUUAGCCAUACGUUUCGGACAUGUUGCGCCUUCUGAUGACGUCACAGUCUGGGGUGAGAUUGUCUGUCGACUGUGGAUUUCUGAAUAUUUCAUGUGGUCGCUAUUCAUAGCCUCGACGGUCAACUUGGUGUUCGUGUCUUUGGAGCGAUACCUGGCAAUAUGCCACCCGGUAAAACACAGAAAUGUCUUCACCAAGCGAUUGGCUAAAUUCGGCAUGACCCUCGUAUGGAUCAUCGGCCUGACAUACCAAGCCUACUGGCCGUCCAUACAGUACUACGCAGAGGGAGUGUGUUAUCCUCUUUGGCCCAGCGUGGUUCUACAGAGGAUCAUGGGGGUUGUGCUGUUCCUUUGCGAGUUUCUCAUCCCACUGACCAUCAUGACGUUCUCCUACGUCAGCAUUAUCCUAGCGCUGAGGGGGCGUAGCAAUGGCAAGACCAACAACACUUUCCAGCAAGCCAAGAAAAACGUGACCACUACCCUCUGCCUCGUGUUCAUGUCUUACGUAAUCUGCUGGACUCCAACAGAAUUCACGUUUCUCCUCUUCAACUUGGGCCGAGACUACGACUUCACGAGCACCACGCACAAAGUAGUGACCGUGAUGGUCAUGUGCAACAUGUGCGUGAAUCCCUUCAUAUACGCCUUCAAAUACGACCUCUUCAAGAAACACGCCAAGCGGAUGUUCUGCCGUUGUUGCCGUGACAACAAGGUCGAGACUGAAAACUCCCUAGCAACCGUGGACGCUAAUGUCGGAUCGUCACAUCCUCAGUGAUGCGUUGCUAUGGUACCAUCACGUCCCAUGAUAAGAACAAAACCUCCAGAAGAUGUCAGAAAUUUUGGAGGUACUGGUGAACUUCAAAGUAUAACAGGAUUUCAGUGUCUAAAACGAACCAUUUUGAAAACGUGUGGUUGUUUUCAGCAACGUGGAAUAUUCACGUUUCAAUAAUAUUGUGUGUGCAUUAUUGAGCUAAGAAUAGUGUGAUAGUACAACAUUCAUUCUGAAAAUAUGUUUUCAUUUGGAACUCGGUCAUUUUGAACAGUUCAUAAUAAUAAUAAUAAUAAUAAUAAUAAAAAAA